ACUAACCCCCCCAGAUCCUUUUCCUCUAUGCAGCUUUCCAGCCACUCUGCCUCAAGCCUGUAGCACUGCAUGGGGUUGCUGUGACCAAAGUGCAGGACCCGGCACUUGAUCUUGUUGAAGCUCUCACAACUGGCCUCAGGCCAUCAGUCCAGCCUGUCCAUAUCUCUCUGUAGGGCCUUCCUACUCUCAGGCAGAUCAACACUUCAGCCCAACUUUGUGUCAUGACCUUGCUGCAUGCCAGGUGAUAACUUGUUUUUUAACAUUCCUGGACCAAGCAGCUGCUUUCUGGAUUUUUGGUAUGAAAAGUUCCAGGGUUCUGUUUAAAUCUCCUGUUUGACUGAAACAUGGAUUUCCAACAAACCGUGUGAAGGAAGCAAUAAAGCAGCCAUAUGGUGGUGGUGCUGAUGGCUUCCUAGUCAGGAUGGUUGGGACUGCUGCCUGUGGCCACCAGCGCUUUUGCUGGGAGAGAACAAAACCUGAGCCCCUCUGCUCCUCUGUCCACUCAUUCCAGUUAUUAAUUGCUGUUACUCUUCACAUAGUUUCCUGUUUCUCAUUUGGUGACAUUGGUCUUCAGCUGCCAGCCACAUUUUAUCUCUGCUGGUUCCUUCAGUUUUCCUGUGUUCUCCUCUCAGAGUCAUUUACAUGCUGAAUAAUGUGACUAAUUGCAGCAUGGUUGUCCUGAUUUACACCAGUGUAGCAGAAGCCACCAUUUUUCCCACAGGAGUUUCCUGACACUGCUAUCGAUGGCCCUGUAAUUGGUCCCUCAAGCACGUCUGCCUUUAUUUAUUUCCAUCUAGUCCUUUCAACACAGAUCGAAUGGGGCUGAAACUCAGCACUUUACCUUAAAAUUAUGUCCUUCGUAUAAUGCUUCUUGAUAUUCCUUCCUCUCUGUGUCCUGACCUUUAGCGAAGCCGUUGCUAAUAUAUUCUCUUAGCCAUGGUAGUUAAUGUUAAUGCAAAGACUGAUGUUCUCCUGCAGCUUCCAUGCAGAUAUGCCACACUAAGCACUCCGGCUCCAAACAGGAUUGCUUCCCUGUGUUUCCUUUUACUGUGGGAAUAAUUUUACUGCUCCGGUGCAAUGACAGCUGAGGAUGCUUAAAAUGAGAGGGAGAAAAGGGAAAAUGUAAUAAGUGCAAAGUGAGACAAGACACUUCUGUCAGCAUUAUCAUUACAUUUCAUGGGAGUGUAACAUCUGACUGCCAUUCAGCUCCUUCAGCACGUGUCUGUGGAGAACCCAGAGUGAUGUUAAAUUGUAGCUCAUCCAUAGCGCUCCAACAUAAAGUUCACAACUUGUCACAGUUCUGCUGUGCCCCAGCAUCAACGUUAUGUUUUGUGUAUUAAUAAAUUAAGUCCAGACCAAAGGAAAGCCUGCAUCAGAGAGGGAUAAGUGGCAGAAACAUGUUAUUAGCUAUGGCAGGGAUGAAUUUGUCUUUCCAAAUGCAUUGCUUGGUGCGAUUACACUUCCAUCAUUUUGGAAGAAACAACACACAGUUGGGUUUAAAAUUUGUUCCCCAUGUGUCAGGAGACCUCCAGUCCCACCUUGGAGCACAUCAGUCGUAUAGACAAAGGGCUGUGCAGUGAGACCGGCUGCUGCCACUGAGGCAGACACUGAAACCACUAAAAAAAUUGAACCUUCUCAAUGCAUGGCAUUUCUGCAUUCCUGCCAGGACGUCAUGCAUUGCUCUGCCCCCGGCUCCAGCCCCAGCAGCCAAGUAAAAUCAUAGAAUCAUAGAAUCACAGAAUGGCUUGAGUUGGAAGGGAAGCCCAUGGGCACAGCUGCCACCCACUGGAUCAGACUGUCCAGGGCCCCAUCCAGCCUGGCCUUGAAUGCCUCAAAGGAUGGGGCCAGAAGGCUCUCAGUUAGUUAUUGCAGGGGAAGGGGAGAUAAGGUGUCUGCGUCCUAUCACCAACAACAUGACGGGUAUUAGGGAAACAGGAGUCAGGGCUGGAUGGACAGCCAGGCUGAGCUCCCAAAGAAUCCCCAAAGGGCCAUGUGCUGACAGGACAAGACGGGAAAGCUGGUGCCUGUAAUCUCUUCACAAGAGCUGGUGUGUGAAUAAUCAGAAGGUGUUAGGGUUGUCAGUCCAAUUUCCUUCCAAAAUAAAACCAAGUGCCGACGUGAUGACAUUUCAAGAGUGGGUGGAGUAGAUUCUGUUCCGUAUAUAGAGGCAGGUUUAUCCAGAAAGAAGGGAGAGACAAAUAAAAUAGGUAACUUACAAAGUACUGUGGGAAUAAUGCUGCUAUAGAGCUUAUGCUUAUGAUUAGUAUUAUCUAAACAAUGAUUCUGUGUUGUUGGUUCAAAGAUGUGACAGCACCAGCCCGUCCCAUUUGAGGCAGGAUGAAACUCCAAUGACCCGAGUCCACUGUGAACACUUAAACAAGGGCUCAAGGAAAGGUGUUCAUGUUUAAAGUUUUAUCCAUAUUUAUUAUCUCUUCAGUACAAACUUCAUGGAAGUACCCCUGUAAGGACAGAAAAUCACAUGAAAACUAGUGAUUUUACAUGAUUUGUAAAGUCUUUGUAACCCACAUUGACUUCAAAUGGUAUUUUGGACAUGGAGCGUGUUCUGAUGGAAAGGCAAGACCAAAGCAUGCUCAGAAUAACAUGCAGAAGCAAUACACAGAUAUCAGUAGUGGAAUUUUUUUUAAAUGGCCAGUGUGCAUGUAAAAAGUGCCAUCCACACGGAAAGGUGAAACAUUGCACUGCGCUGUGUAACAGUGUUCGUGCUGAAUAGGAAGUAUGAAUUGCAGAAAUGAGUUAAUAGAGCAUAUUUUUUGAAGUGAGGUCCUUACUGUAAUGUCAUGUGUAUUUCUAGUAGAAUUACUGAUCCUCUGACUAAUCGAGUAUGCUGUAUCACCUUCUCACCCUUGUGUUCUUUGUGUAUGAUACUGCAUAUCUCCAGCUAUUGAAUCUCAUUCAGGAGCAACGAUACUGAAAUACGAGCAGCAGAGUCUGCUCUUGUUAGCAGAAAUUAUAUCCAGCAGCUGCUGUGACCUUACUUACAAGAACGUAUGAUUUACUGCAGCACCUUGGACCAUCAUUCCUUCCAGGCCAAUACCUAGCUUCAAAGGUUGGCAGACAAAAUCCAUAUCUCAAUACCUGUGUAAUCUUUCAAAUCACCUCGUGGAGCAAAACAAACCUUCCUGAUCUCUGCAGUGAGCAGCUGAUAUUUUCAAGAAUGGAAUUUGAUCCCACCCUUUUCUCUUGGUAUGUCCUUAAGCUACACACAGCCCUGCCACUGUCAAGGUUCAGGCAGCACUGAGCAUCACAACUCACUUUUUCCCUAGCAGCCUUACAUCCACCCACUCCAAAGGCUUUCCCAGCCCUGUAUAACCCAGCAGACAGCAAGGCCCUCACGUUGCAGCCUUUUUGGCUGUUUUAGGUGUAACCUCACAUCCUUGGGCUGUGCUCGCAGGAGAAAAUUUGAGUAUGAAAACCCUCUCUACCCACUUCUAGCCCAGGUCCGCCCUGGGAAUUACUCACAAUCGCAUUUUUUUUCCCAAAGCCAGAAGCCAUCUCCCACACUGAAAAUGCUGACUCCCUUGAUCCUGACUUGGUUUGGUUCUCACUUGCCCAAAAUGUGAAGGCAUUCACAGAGGCAGUGAGUAACAGCACAGGCCCUUAGCAGGUCAUUUACCCUCUCUGAAGUACAGCAUCCCUUUUCCUUAAACUGAGCAAUGGUCAAAAAUCAAAGCAAAGCUUUCUUGCCUGUAAAUGUAAUAGUUUAUGCCCAAGUUGCUUUCUAAUUGUGUGUUACAUGUUCUCAUAACAAAUCAAUGCAGGCUCCUCAUUAUGAGCUCUCAUUUGAGAUCGAACCCAGGGAUAACCAGGCACUUGGAGGUAAUAAUGAGUUUGAAGGGAGCAUAAGUAAUAAAUCACCCACAUUACUUUCAGUGAACAGAUGAAAGGACUGAAAUACCUUAAGGGGUUGUAGAAGUCAGUCAGCCUGUGCAUAGCUGUAACAUUCCUUCUGGCUGCAGCACCAAUGUUUUUGUUCCUGCAACUGGAGAAUUUGAGCACAGCUUUUGCUGUGGUAAUAAACCUCUUUUCCUUCAGAUAGUCAAGCUAAAAAUGACUGUGCUGUAAUGAAAGACUUUGUUGAGUCUAGAAUAAAUGUCCUCAAUUGAUAGGUAAGUUGGUGUAAAUUAGUAAGAGCUGGUGGCUCCAUCCUGAAGAAAUGAGUUUUGGACAAGACAUUAUCACCUGGUGCUGGAAUCAGAAGUCUGUGACUUGGUUCCUUAAAACUGCAAGGAUUUGGAAAGGAGUGCACACCAAGAAGCUCCACCAUGCUACCACCGCUCUCCAGGCCAGCAGGCGCCAGCUGUGCCUGCAGGGUCAGGCACACAUCGUUGACAGCCUGCUUCAGCCAAAUUAUGGCUUGUAUACUUACCCUCUAAUGUGGGAAAAAGAGUGCUUCCUAAAGCAUCGCCAUGGAAAGACUCCAGCCUCUGCCCUCAUCCACGCUUCACAUUGGUGAGGUGCUGCUCUCUAAGGCUGUGUCUUGUCUACUGUGUAGACAAGAAGCUGGUUAUGAAUGUCCAAAGUGGUGAGACUUCCUCUGCUGGAAAGUAUCACAAUACCUAGACUGCGUUUUACCUUUUCAGACACCACUUUUAUUAAUCCCUUUAUUGUUUUAAACAAACCCUCUUCUUGCUUUCUGAUGAUGCCAUCUAAAUAGGUAGAGGGAUAUGGGGUGGGAUUAGUCUCGCCUAACUUUCAUCAUCUGGAAGGUGGAUAUCUAGGUAAAGCUCAUCAUCUCCUAUGGGACCCCUUUUGCUCAGGGUAAGAGAGGGCCUCUCCAGGGUGUGAGUCAACCUGUGGCAGCUCAGAGACAUACUUCAGGAUGAGGUGAAUUGCCCGCCAGAGCCACAGCUACUUCAGGCAUCUAACUUUGGCAUAGCUGAGGUUACUCACUGCUUUGGGAGGCUGUCAAAAUCCAUUGCUAAGAUGGCUUUAAAUCCUCUUUCCCCCCUUUUUAUUGCUGCUUUUGAAAUGGAUACCCUUGCUUGAGUCAGCAUCCAUGACAUCAACUACAUCCUCUCUUUGGCAAGAUCCUAUUUUAAGCUUUCCAUCGGAGGCCUCGGCUAUUUGUGUCAUUGUCAAAACUCUUCAGAAGGUCCAGUGACAUUGAUGGUAGGUCUCUCAGAAGCCAGAGGUUCUGCAGCAACAUAAAUAGGAUCAGCAGCACUAAGUGCAGGUGAAAGAGAAGCCAGCUGCACAUCCUUUCUGUCUCCCUUGGCAACAGCAUCCUGCCAACAAAAACUGCUGCCAAGCAAAGGCUGCAAAGGAAGGGAUGUGCAUUUGCAAAGCUGAGGCUGGACAAGCUUUGUGUGAAAGGGAAGCUGUCAGACCAGGGAAGACUUGUGUGUUUUUAACAUUAUUUUUGGUUUGUUCCAUGUGGUUUUGGACAAGGGAAAGCACAGGGCCCCUGUCCUUGUGAAUAGUUUUCAUGUGAAAUUCCACAUGACAGUCUCUGCAGUUUUGAGCCAUAUGUUUCCAUCCGAGACAGCACACGGGGAAGAAGUCUGUGCUGAGUUACUGCUUACAGAUGUGGCAAAUCCUCCAGCAAAGGUUAAAAUACGUGGCACGGCUCUCUUGUUACACCAGCUGCAGCUUCAUGCUCAAUCAUUGUUUCAGCAGCCAGCUCUUAAUAACCCCGAGUUCCAGAAACUGCUAAACAAGCUGAUAUUUGUAAAGAGCAAUUUUUUCUGUAAUGCACUGAGUAUCUUUAUUUAGAGGAACCUUCAGACUAGCAGCAUUAGGGAUGAAAAGUGAACUGCAAAUGGGAGGGAGAAAAGGAACACCAGCACAAGAGCACAGAAAUGCAAAGCAGAUCUGAGAUUAAUGUUUGUACUCCGUCAUUGCACAUCCUCCAUGAAAUGAUCGUGGCUGUGAAAACACUCUGUGUGUAAAUAGGGGAAAAAUACUUUUGUGAUAUGGUAAAAGCACCUGCCCUGGCUUCCUGAUAGGGACUGUGUGCUCCUAAGAUCACCACUGGGGUCAUACUCUGAGGACCUGUAGCUGCUGGGGCUGCCAGACCUCAAACCCAUCAUCACAGUGUCACUCCUUUGUGAUCCUGUAUGAUAACAGAGAAGGAGAAACUGGCUUUGCGCAGUAGCAAAAUAUUAGGAACAAAUUCUGUGAGGACCCAUGUAACAAAUUGCUUGGGCUGUUUGGGUAUGGUGGGAACUUUGAAUCAAAGACUGAGGAACAGGGAUUGUUGGGGGAAUACCAGCAGUCGCCAACUUGUUGCACUCAGCAUUUGCCCGUGCCCUCUGUGGAAUUUGGCUGAACGGGGCACACUUCUGUGCUCUUUGGGCUGUGUGUUCUUCCAGACACCCAGCUGUGCCGAACAGAAUAAGGGGGGCAGGAUUAUGGUUUUAAGAAUCACAAGAUUUGUGGACUUAUUUGAUGGGUACAAAGGAGAAACUACCCAUUCAUCACUGAGGAAUGGAGAUAUAAUAUAAUAUAGAACAUGCGUUUUGGUGCCAAAGAAGAAGAAGGAGGGAAGAGGAUCCCUAUUUCAUUCCACAUAUUUUCCUCUGACAGGAUUAUUAAUACCAUUAGAGAUAAUUGAAUGAAGUGGAAAAUCUGGUGGGGGGUACAGAAGCAGGAGGUGGAUCUGUGAAAUCCACCCAGACACAAAAAGCUCAGCGCUGCGCUGGAGGGAGGGCACUCUGCCUCCAAACAGGGAAGGAGCAGUCUCACAAGGACGUGCAGCUGGGGUGCUUGUUGCUGUUUUGUUCCCAGAGAACGAGAACUGCCAGCAGUCCUCUGGCAUCUGAAUAGACCCGUGUCAGACAAACUGUAUCUGGACUUGAUGGGGAACCAAGCUGGAAUACCAAGCAGCCCUUCGAUCUGCUCGCAGAGAGAGGGACUGGCUCUGUAAGUAAUCUUUGCAGUUCCAAAGGUACUCAUAAAGGAGCGAGCUGUCUCGUUGCACAGCCCUGCAAGACACGCCUGCCUGGGCUGUCUCUGUCCUCAUUCCUCCAAACCAGUUCCAACAAUAACAGCAACUCCUGCCUGCAGCUGCCUCGUUAGGGAGAAGAUGUAUUUUUCCUUUCUCUACUGAGCGAUGAAGCUUCCAAAUCCGUGUGAUGUGAGCAGGUGAGGAUGUCUGCUGACAAGUCCAAAUGAUAUUUUCAGGUGUUCUACUGAUCUUGGCACUGACGGAAGAGCUGGUGUUUUCUGUUCAGGUACUGUCUCCUGCUGUAUCCUCCUCUCAGGGCCUCCUGAUGGACACUACCACUGUCACAGCCAUGGGAACGACACCUCGCCACAAGGACCAUCACAUGGCAGAGCCUGUCCCCACCUCUGCUCGCGCCGCCCCCCAUCCUGUCAGCCUGGCGGGGAGCAAUGCUUCCACUGCUCAAACGCAGGCGAGCAGCCCUCACGCUGGCGAAAAGGAAACGUAUCAUUUGUAUAACCAGAGUGCUUUGUACUCGGGACAGACUCGCCCCAAGGGGAAAAUAUUCCAGAUUUUCAAAGGCAACUUCACAGAGUCUUCAGAGCCUUACCUAAAGACGACCCUGCACUCUCCCUUCCCUACCCUGAGGAGCCCUUUCACAGACCAUCCCUUUCAGUCCCAGACUGCAACCUCCAGCGACCCCAAUGGCACGGGGCUGGCCAGAACUACACCCUCAGACCCUUCUCCCCACCCCAACACCUCGGGAAGCCUUAGGGAAGCAGAGCAAGGGAAUGGGGCUGAGCGAGUUGUGCAGAAAGGAGAUUUUGCCACCACAACUGCUGGACCAUCAACUGAUCCCGAAGCAGUGUCGGUGCCUUUUAAACCCACCCACUAUGGUGUAUGGGAUAUGCUGAGCAAAAACAACUCUUGGGUAACCUUGAAUCUCAGUACAAAUGUCCCCUUGUUUGCUGGCCCUGGAACUGCACCAGCAGCAGCAGGUCACUCAGUCCAGCCCAGCUUUGAUGUCAGCAUCUCCUCCCCAGCAGUGGGGGACCUCGAGGGCACUUCUCCAACACAGCAGGGCCUGGUGACGGACACGACCUCACUGGGCAGCGCUCUCUCCACCAUGCCUGCCACGGGGUUGUCCAGCUCCAUGUCCACUGCUGGUUCCACCGCGACCGGAAACUUCCUCAACAGGCUGGUUCCUGCCGGGACCUGGAAACCUGGGGUGCAAGGAAAUAUCUCCCAUGUCACCGAGGGAGACAAGCCCCAGCACAGGGCUACCAUCUGUCUCAGCAAGAUGGACAUUGUCUGGAUCAUUCUGGCCAUCAGCGUACCAAUAUCCUCAUGUUCGGUUCUGCUGACAGUCUGCUGCAUGAGGAGGAAGAAAAAGACAUCCAACCCAGAAAACAAUCUGAGCUAUUGGAAUAAUGCUAUUACCAUGGACUACUUCAACAGGCAUGCUGUGGAGUUACCGAGAGAGAUCCAGUCCCUGGAGACAUCAGAGGACCACCUCUCUGAGCCACGCUCCCCUGCCAACGGCGACUACCGCGACAGCGGGAUGGUCCUCGUGAACCCCUUCUGUCAGGAAACGCUGUUUGUGGGACACGAGCAAGUCUCUGAAAUAUGACCCCACGGCCGCCCUCCUGUUGCAGUUUCAUCUCUACUGUCUCCAAAUUAUAAAUAUAUAUAUAUAUUAUAAAUAUAACCUUUGUGUAACCCUGAAUUACAAGAAAUGUUUUCAGCUUUUCUUUUUUUUCCCUCAGAAUUGUCGACCCCUUUUUUAUAAGUGUGGUAAAACUUUACAGAACAAACUGUGGCUUUAUAAAAUAAAGGUAUUUCUAAGCAAAACACCUGU